UGGCGUGACUGCAUGAAACAAUCGCACCGCAUUGGUGUGCACAGCCUACUUGUAAUAAUUGGUAAACAAACUGUAGCAUUUAAUUUUUUCUUUAACAAAUGAUAGUUGAGUGAAAUUGUUGGACGUGUAAAGACCCUGAAAAUGGCACAAACAGUUAGCGAUUAUUACGCCGGAAGCCGGUUAUUUUCAGGACUUUCAGAAUAUUUGGGCAUUUCGGUAGACAAGGUAAAUUUUGUUAUCAGUCAAGUUGGGGCACUUUUCUUGGCUUCCCUUUUUCGCAAUGUUCUUCACCCUUCGAAAACAAGUGCUGCUAUAAGACACGCUUUUGGACUUGUCGUUGCCAUCAUCAUCGGCUAUUUUUGCUUCGGAACACAGGCAAUACACUUAGCGGCCCUUCCGGCAGCAUGCUAUAUUGUUAUCCGAACGCAAAGUCCAGAAAUCAUGCAAAGAAUGGUUCUAGCAGUUGCAUUACUUUAUUUGUCUGUUAUACACUUGCAUCGGCAGAUAUACGAUUAUGGGUCCUAUAAUCUGGACAUCACUGGACCUCUAAUGGUGAUCACGCAAAAAGUCACAAGUCUUGCAUUUAACAUCCACGAUGGCUUGACCCAACAUCAGGAGAAGCUUUCAAAAAGCCAAAGAUUCUACGCCGUUACAAAAAUCCCCAAUCCUUUAGAAUAUUUCAGUUUUGUAUUGCAUUUUCCUUCUUUAAUGGCCGGCCCCGCCAUGUUGUACAAAGACUACAUGGAUUUUAUCGACGGCAGUAAUUUAAAAUCACCGGUUUUGACAGAUGCCACAACAGGGAAUGCCCCUAUUGUUAUAGAACCGUCACCCACGUGGGCUGUGUGUAAGAAAGUGGCUUUAGCAACGACAUGCGCCGCAAUUUUUGUCAAAUUUUUGCCAAUGUUUCCGAUAAGUCGUGUCAAAGAGAACGAUUUUGUGGAAAAUACGAGCAUCACGCAAAAAAUUAUGUACCUGUAUAUUUGUACAACUUUAGUUAGGUUUAAGUAUUAUUUCGCCUGGACGUUGGCGGAUGCCGUAUGCAAUAAUGCGGGGAUAGGGUACAACGGGGUGGACGAAAGUGGCUCCCCCAAAUGGGACAAGUUCUCGAAUGUCGAUAUAUUUAAAUUUGAGUUUGCUACGAAUUUACGUGAGAGUAUAGAAGCGUGGAACUUGGGCACGAAUCGUUGGUUGCGUAUGAUUGUGUAUGAGCGUGUGAGUAAAUAUUCGAUGAUUUUGACCUACUCCUUGUCCGCUCUGUGGCACGGCUUCUACCCCGGGUACUACCUCACGUUCGCCAACGGGGCCGUAUUCACGUACGCUUCGCGUGUGAUGCGCAAAAGAGUGAGGAACUAUUUCCUGGCAAACGCCGAAACGAAGUUCUUUUACGAUGGAGUGACGUUUGUGACGACACGAAUACUGAUGGCUUACAUGGUGUUCACGUUUGUGUUACUGGAGUUUUGGCCUUGCAUACGGUUGUAUAUGCACAUGUAUUGGUGUCUUCAUUUGGGGGCCCUCGUGGCGAUUUUUCUUGUGCCUAAUGUAAUUCCAAAGACUGAAGCUGGACAAGCGGCGAAGAGUUCAAUCGCACAAGCUUUUGUUCAAGCGAGACCCAUCACCAACGGCGUCUCGCGACACCAUGACUGAUCACAAUGCAGCUUUAAUUGUCGUAUUUUGUGUACUAGCGGUAAAGAGUAGUUUCACACUAAUAAAUCUAUUAUUUAUUCAA